CUUAUGCUCCUUCCUUUUUUACUCUAACGGGUUAGAUUUUAGUCACAGUCAUUUUCAAGGGUUUGCUGACGUUUUCUCUUCCACAGUGCCGUUGUAAAGUUCCUGUGCGCAUUGAAGUCAACGUAGGCAGUGUGGGCACGGUCGAGGUAAAAUGUGGAACUCACCCUGACCGGGCGGAUACCUCUAUUUUCUCAGUUUUCGAUGACCAUACUCAGUUGGUGUUUGCAAGGAUCGAUGAAAGCCGCAAGUUAUCAAAGGAGAAAUGCAUGUUUUGCUCAUUACUAUAAUUUGGUUGGUGACGUGCACUUUGCAGUUUGCACAAGCGGUUACAGAUCAGGAAAUCAUGAGCUAUGUAUUAUCGAGGGCGGACAACGAUCCUUGCGCGAAGUUGACACCUGCAUCACACGAACAAGCGAAACAAGCCGCCAGCGACGAUUGCGCCCGCACAUUUCAUUGGCUGGAGAGAUUAAAUUUUGCCGGAUUACAAUUGCCAGAUUACAAGUGCCCGGGUGCAAAUACGCCUAAAUGCCAACUUCUGAAACAGGACGACAAGCAGCUAGCUUGUGCGAAAGUGACCAAGUUGUACUACAAAAACCAAUUACUCGGAUGCCUGACCCAGGAGGUGAGAAGUCUCGGCUAUUGCUCCAAUGACCUCCGGCUUCAGCCAUCCCAGGGGGACAGAAACCGCAAGGCGCGGAUAGAGGCUAUGCGGAAGAAGCGUAAACGUGGCGCCGAGAAGGGUGAGUCAUCAGGGCCGCCCAAAGAGGACGGAGAUAACGUCUCUGUCGCGACUCUUAAAUCCUUUUCGGACAGCAUCACCGCUAGGACACCAAAGAAGUCGUCCAGACCUUCAAAACGCCCGGAUGGGUUGCCCCCGUUGGUCCCCAAAAAAAGAACCUGAUCAACAGAUAUCCAUCGGAGAGAUGCCUCUAACCUUGGUUUUGACGACGGAUUAUUUUUCAGCCCCUUAUACUCUUAUACUCCGUCACUUUAAGGUCUUUUUAGAGGUCAUAACCGGAGACCUUCCGCUGGUAUCUUGGCAAUGGUGGAAGCUCUUCCUUUUAGGACUCCAACAUUCAACUGACCUAACUACUAAAAUGAUUAACAACGUGUUGAGAAUUUUGUUUCACCAACGAACCAAAGUUUGGGCAAAUUUUGGCUCACGACGUCAUCCGGAGCUCAUCAUUCACCUAGUGGGUAAGAUGACCGUUGCUCCCAUAUAUUUUUCAUGGGGAAAUGUUGAAUCCUUGAAAGUAAAAGCUUCCGCCUGUCGCCAAGAGGCCGGUGUAAGGUAUCUUGUCUCCGAUCAUAAUGCGACCACUUUCCUAACAAAAAGAAUGUAUUGAACUCAACAUCCUUGAGGUCGAAGUAUCGACUGGAACCACCUCGGUAAUUAUUCAUUUUUCCAUAUAAUUUUGACUCUUUAACUUCUAAUGUAUUGUGAGAUGAUGUAAACUCCCACGCCAAAAAAUAAAAUAAAUUACUAUUAUUCACUUUU